UUCACUUCAGUGGUGCGCGCGUGGUGGCGCCACGGAGGCCGACAAAUCCGCUGCUCGACGGCAUCUUCGCCUCCUCCCCCACCCGCAUCCUCUUCCACCUCUCGCGCUCACGCCAUUUAUACUCUCCUCCUCCUCCUCCUCCUCUACUCCUAGCAGCAGCGUUGGUUGGUGAGCUGAGGCAUAUGGCCAUGGCUGCCACGUCCCGCGCGCCGUCCACGCUGGCCCCGGCGUCGUUCUCCGCCGCCGGCGGCAGCAGGAGGCGGCGCCGGUGCCCGAAUCCCAGGGUGCGGGUGGGGGUGGGGGUGCGGUGCUCGCUCGACAGCAACGUCUCCGACAUGGCCGUCAACGCUCCGAAAGGAUUGUUCCCGCCGGAGCCGGAGCACUACAGGGGGCCGAAGCUGAAGGUGGCCAUCAUAGGGGCCGGCCUCGCCGGCAUGUCCACCGCGGUGGAGCUCUUGGACCAGGGCCAUGAGGUUGAUCUGUACGAGUCCCGGCCGUUUAUCGGCGGCAAAGUCGGUUCUUUUGUGGAUAGGAAAGGGAACCAUAUCGAGAUGGGGCUGCACGUGUUCUUCGGGUGUUACAGCAAUCUUUUCCGCCUUAUGAAGAAGGUUGGAGCUGAUAAUAAUCUGCUAGUGAAGGAGCAUACCCAUACAUUUGUAAAUAAAGGAGGCACGAUUGGUGAACUUGAUUUUCGGUUUCCUGUGGGAGCUCCGUUACAUGGUAUCCAAGCAUUCCUACGAACUAACCAACUCAAGGUUUAUGAUAAAGCAAGAAAUGCCGUUGCUCUUGCUCUAAGCCCAGUUGUUCGAGCUCUUGUUGAUCCAGAUGGUGCAUUGCAGCAAGUACGGGAUUUGGAUGAUGUAAGUUUCAGCGAUUGGUUCUUGUCGAAAGGUGGUACUCGAGAGAGCAUCACAAGGAUGUGGGAUCCUGUUGCCUAUGCUCUUGGUUUCAUUGACUGUGAUAAUAUCAGUGCACGUUGCAUGCUUACCAUUUUCACUCUGUUUGCCACAAAAACAGAGGCAUCUUUAUUACGCAUGCUAAAGGGUUCACCUGAUGUUUAUCUGAGUGGUCCAAUAAAGAAGUACAUAACAGACAGGGGUGGUAGGUUUCACCUGAGGUGGGGAUGUAGGGAGGUUCUCUAUGAUAAGUCACCUGAUGGGGAAACCUAUGUUAAAGGCCUUCUCCUAUCCAAGGCUACAAGUAGAGAGAUAAUCAAAGCAGAUGCAUAUGUCGCAGCUUGUGAUGUCCCGGGGAUCAAAAGACUUUUACCUUCUGAAUGGAGGCAAUGGGAUACAUUUGACAACAUCUACAAGUUAGAUGGUGUUCCUGUAGUCACAGUACAGCUUCGUUAUAAUGGAUGGGUUACAGAACUUCAAGAUUUGGAGAAAUCAAGACAACUGAAAAAGGCAGUUGGCUUGGAUAAUCUUCUCUACACUCCAGAUGCAGAUUUUUCAUGUUUUUCAGACCUUGCACUUUCAUCUCCUGCUGACUACUACAUUGAAGGACAAGGUUCCUUGAUCCAAGCUGUGCUAACCCCUGGCGAUCCUUACAUGCCAUUGCCGAAUGAGGAGAUAAUUAGCAAGGUUCAAAAGCAGGUCUUAGAAUUGUUCCCGUCAUCACAAGGCUUGGAACUUACAUGGUCGAGUGUGGUGAAAAUCGGUCAAUCAUUGUACCGCGAGUCACCAGGAAAUGAUCCAUUUAGACCUGAUCAAAAGACACCAGUUAAAAACUUCUUCCUGUCUGGCUCUUACACAAAACAGGACUACAUUGACAGCAUGGAAGGGGCAACUCUCUCAGGCAGGAGAACCGCGGCCUACAUCUGUGGUGCAGGAGAGGAGCUGCUCGCCCUCCGAAAGAAGCUCAUUGUCGACGACAGCGAGAAGGCCAGGGGUAAGGUCGAGGCCCUUCAGACAAGCUGAGCUUCCUCAAAUGACACAUGCUGGAGUGAGUGGAUUGCUAUGCCCAAAACAAAAACAGCUUCCUGGGUGUAGUAGGCGAUUUCCGCAGCGACUCUCAUGUAAAUCCUACUUGAUUGAGCAUUUAGGUCCAAUCUGCUGCUGCCCUUUUUGCCUUGACACGAUCGUUCGUUCGCCCGUCAAUGGUGUGUUCUUCGUUAUUGUGAAUUUGUGAUUGGGAACCAAAGGUGGCAUACGGGAUUACAUCAGGCAGCGUGUGUUUUGUUCAGCUUAACCGAUCAUUGAACCCAUUGAUGAUGAUGAUGAUGUUUAUAUAGUGCACACAUCACUUAAAAUCUUGUGAGAGAUGGUGCUUAAAUUUGGUGAGUACUGCUGUACUUUAUAAGGCAGCUUUAGAGUUUUUAUAAGGAGUAUAUUUUGAACAUUGUGAGAUGAGAAAUUUUAGAUACUUAAAAGUACGAGUUACUUAAAUUUUACACUAGUAAGCUGUUGGUAUCUUAAAAUUUUGGUACCAAGUCGGUACCUUGUCAAGGACAGUAAAAUUUAUCAAGGACAGUAAAAUUACCUUGUGA